UAACAUCUGUGACGUUGUCAUUAAUUUCCGACCAUUUUCCGUGUGCUAUAAAUUUUCACAGCCGAAUUAUGUAAAAGCCACAAAAAUUGCAAUAAUUAUCUUUUUUCUGUGAAUGUUACAAAAAGCGAGAGCCGAACCCUAAGCACUUUUUAAGUAUUUGGAAUCGCGGUUAAAUCUGUGCAAAGAACCUACACAAUGGCCAAAGACCCUGCAGCGGCGAAAAGUCCCGAAGAUGAAUACAGGAGGAAAUUGGACAUGUGCAUCACUGAUACCAUCGUAAAAGGAGGUGGUGGAGUCUUGCUGGGUUCUUUGGUAUCAAUGUUACUAAUUAAAAGACGGUGGCCAAUCACAACAGGAUUAGGCGUAGGCAUGGGUAUUGCAUUUGCCAACUGUCAGUUCGCUCUAAAUCCUGAAAAAGAUGGUUUAUAAACAUUAGCAUGUAGGGUCUACAGUUGUCAGAUGGACGUGGUGUACAAGACGAUCACAUGAAUGAAAUAAGCCGUGAAAUGCAUACAACAAAGGCUUACUGAGAUUGGUAGCAAGUUGAGUACUUAUUUCAACCACUUGCUUUGUACCACAAUCACCUGACAUCUACAUAGACUGGAUAAUUAUAAUGAAAUAGAUGCAGUUACUUUA